AUGGUCCUAGUUGUACGUUGUGUGAAUAUGUCCAGUAAUCAAAUAAAGAUAGAAGAGUACUUCUUGGAAUUUGUGAAGGUAGAUGAUACAUCUGGACUGGGGCUCUUUAAUGAAUUGUUAAGUGUAUUACAAUUACUUGAUCUUGAUGUUGAUGAUAUUAGAGGCCAAGGUUAUGAUAACGGUUCUAACAUAAAAGGUAAACAUCAAGGUGUUCAGAAAAGAUUACUUGAAAUUAAUCUGAGAGCAUUAUAUAUGCCAUGUGCUUGCCAUAGUCUCAAUCUUACUCUUAGUGAUAUGGCACAUUCAUGUGUUAAAGCUAUCUCAUUUUUUGGAGUUGUGCAACGUAUAUAUUCAUUAUUUUCGAGUUCUACUAAGAGGUGGAAGAUUUUAAUUGAUAAUGUUCCUUCAUUUACUGUGAAAUCUUUGUGUAAUACCCGUUGGGAGAGUAGAGUGAAAAGUGUAAAAGCCAUUAGAUUUCAAGCUCCUCACAUAAGAUUGGCUUUGUUAGAAUUAUAUAAAACUUCAGAAGAUGCGAAAACAAAGAGUGAAGCUGAAAGUUUGGUCACUGCAAUUCAUAACUUUGAAUUUUUACUUGGUAUGAUUAUUUGGUAUGAUGUUUUUUUUGCUAUUAACAUGGUUAGCAAAAAAUUACAAAAUAAAAAUAUGAAUAUUAACACUACUAUGAAUCAGGUGAGAGACGUGAUGUUAUAUUUUGAAAAUUUUAGAAAUGAUGGGUUUGAGAAGAGUUUGGAUAUUGCUAGAAGUGUUGCAUUUGAUAUGAAUGUGGAUCCUACAUUUCCAACAAAACGUCGUAUCAUUAGGAAAAAACAACCUGGUGAAACUGAUCAUGAUGAAGAAAUGCAAUCCACAGAGGAGUCUUUUAGAGUUAAUUAUUUUUUAAUUGUUGUGGAUAUGGCAAUCAAUUCAUUAAAAGAGAGAUUUGAACAACUAAAGACAUUUGAAAGUAUUUUUGGGUUUUUAUGUGAUUCAGAUACUUUGAAGUCAUUGGAUGAUAGUAAAUUAAGAAAUUGUUGCAAUCAUCUUGAAAGUGUUUUAUCUCAUAAUGAUUCAUCUGAUAUUGAUCUUAAUGAUAUGUUUUCUGAAUUAAGAGUGCUACAAAAAACUUUACCAGAAGUGUCAAUGACAGCAAUCCAAAUUUUGAAAUUUGUUAAGCAAGCUGAUUGUUAUCCAAAUGUUUCAAUUGCCUAUCGAAUCUUAUUAACUGUGUCUGUAUCUGUAGCAACAGCGGAGAGAAGUUUUUCAAAAUUGAAGUUGGUCAAAACCUACUUGCGUUCAACAAUGGCACAAGAAAGAUUGAACAAUUUGGCUAUUCUAAGCAUCGAGAAUGAGAUGUUACAAGACAUAGACGUUGAUUGUAUUAUUAAUGACUUUGCAUCAAAUAAUGCUCGAAGAAAUUGUUUUAAGUAA